ACAUGCUCAUACACAAAUCCAGCCUGUCCACCUUAAUUAUUUUAUGAAAUCCCCAUGAUUUUUAUUUGAUUUCUUGUUUCUCCAAAGAAAGAGGCAUAGGACUUUGUAUCCUGCCCUCUGUGCUUGGAUUAUUCAAACACACCAUAUACAUAUCUUGUCAUAACCCCUUAGAUUUUCAUUUGUUCUUUUUUUGAAGUUGAGUUGUAUUGUCCGAAAUUCGACGUGGGGUUGCCAUUUGUAUGAAAUCUGGAGCAUGAUGAUCAUCAGCUGGCUGGCUUGUUUGCUUGUGGGAUUCAUUUCAUUUUCUUGAGAGAUAAAAAGAAGAAAAUCUUGUUCAGUUUUUGAGUGUAUAGAUGAUCAUAGUUUGAAGAUAUGCAAUGAAAUUCAUACCCGAAUUCAACGUUCAUUUCCAGGCAUGACAACCAAAUUUGAGCAUUCCAUAAUUAACAACACUCCCCACUUGUAUUAUCCAAAGCCAUCUCUCAUGGAUAGGUUUCUUGAAUCCCAAAAAAUUGAAUCCAUGAGAAAGAAGAUGCUGAUGCAAGAACAACUCUUCAAGCACCAGGUGCAAGAGCUACAUAGGCUAUACAAUCAGCAGAGGAAGCUGAUGCAAGAAAUCAAAAACGGGCUAAAACAGCAGAAGGAGACGAGAGACGUAACUGAACCCGAGGGCACUCCAUCAUCGAGCACGCAUCGAUUUGAAGAUGAUCAUGGGUUGAAAAGGAUGGAUGAGGAGGUGGAGGUGGAGCUAACGCUGAGCAUCGGGCAUUGCACGAGGAAACGAAGAUCGAAGAGCGCAGAGAUUCAAGGGUCCGAUGUUGCUUCUUCGUCCUCCACCAGUGUGUAUCAAGAGACAAGGCGGCCGCAUUGGCUGCUGCAAGAUCUCAGCUUGAAUAGAACAUGAUCGAUCACUUUUUCUUUCUUUCUUAACUUAUAAAUUAACAGAUUCAGUUGGUGUUUUUAGAUGAUGCAGUUAUUUGUACAAACUGUCUAACACUUAGUAAUUUAUCUCUAGUUUAAAAAAGUGUUAUGAUUAUUGGAUAA